AGGUCCACUGUUCUGCAGUUCAGGGUGGAGAGAUUGUUUGUUCUUGCUGGUGCGCUCCUCUUCAGCCUGUGAAAUGUUCCAGUUUGUGAAAAGAAGCACAUUGCCUCACAUUGCACUCGAGGACUAUGGCUCUUUUCUCUUCUCUGACUCCAGUGUUUGUGGCCAUUUUAUGUGUUGUUGUCCUUUUCAUUUUGAGAGGGUCACAGAAAAAAAAUCAAGUCACAAAGAAGAAGUUCAAACCCCCUGCUACAGCCAAACCCUGGGUAGAUGAAGAUCUUCAAGACAACACAGAGAUAAACCCCAGAGCUGAAGCUGACGAUGAAUGGGCUGACAGUGAGAGCAAUGUUGCUCACGUCCCAUAUUCCCCCCUGAGGUUCUCCAAAGAUGAAAUGUUGCAGCGCUCUCAGCAGUUUUACCAGCUGAUGAACAAGAGGAGGUCUGUCAGAUUCAUCAGUUCCAAGCCAGUGCCAAGGGAGGUUAUCGACAAUGUCAUCAGAACAGCAGGCACGGCUCCAAGCGGCGCUCACACAGAGCCUUGGACAUAUGUGGUAGUGGCAGAUCCCGAAACUAAGCACAUGAUCCGCGAAAUUGUCGAGGAGGAGGAAGAGGUUAACUACAAACAGCGGAUGGGAGAGAAAUGGGUCGGCGAUCUGCAGAGACUAAGAACAAACUGGGUUAAAGAUUAUCUUGACACUGCUCCUUAUCUCAUCCUCAUAUUCAAGCAAAUAUAUGGAAUUCACUCCAGUGGAAAAAAGAAAACCCAUUACUACAAUGAAAUCAGUGUUUCUAUCUCCUGUGGGAUGCUUCUUGCUGCACUGCAGAAUGCAGGUCUGGUAACAGUGACGUCUACACCUUUAAACUGUGGCCCAAAACUGCGUGUUCUCCUCCAGCGUCCAGCGAAUGAAAAGCUGUUGUUGCUGCUGCCAGUGGGUUAUCCCACAGAAGACGCUACGGUUCCUGACCUAAAACGCAAGAACUUGGAAGAAAUCAUGGUAUUUGUGUAAUAAACCCUGGAAGAUGUGUGGAACUCACCUUAUACAACUUCUGUUCAGACCUAAGCUGAAUAUUCUAUAGCACUGAGGAAUAAUAGGUCAGGUAAGCUGUAGUAUACCUGCACAUUAUUUACAGCAUAGCUCUUAAUUCUUCUUAGAUGGUCAUGGACUUUAAAUAGGAUAACUUUGCGCAGUAAACUCAUAAUACUGAUCAGCUGUUUACUGUUCUCACUUCUGUCUGGCCAAGUGGACAGCCGAUUAUGUCAUUCAUUUGUUCAGAAGUAAAUUAGUUCUUGUGUGCAACCUAAUAUCCAGAAAAAAACAUGCAAUACUUUCAUAAUUCAUUUGUUUUUAUUUCCAUGUGAGGUCAUGAAGCAACUGUACUGAGGUGUAAUCCUGAAUUUUAAAUUUAAUAUAAUUUGUUUUCAUACCUAAUAUGUAA